AUCCACUAACCUAACCUAUUGAACUUUCAAGUUCUAUUGUUUAUCAGUAAUUUUAAUCUGUUUAGAUUGCUAUAUUUUUAUUAAUUUAGUAUAGUAUUUUGUUAAGUGUUGCUUUUAUUAUUUUCAAAGUGAAAUAUGCUUUUUUGUAAGAUGAUGAAGUGUGUAGCUGCAGAACAUCAACUUUUCAGCUUUGUUAUUAAAACAUAGGCUAGGCCUAAUGAUACUACAAAACUUUUCUAUAUUUUUUUAAUUACAAAACAAAUAAAUUAACUUUGUAUAGAUAAAUAUGGCUUUUAAAUCUUGUGUCCCAGAGAUUGCUCGUUUGUCCUCUAGGGUCAUUUCAAUACUAGGAUGCAACCCAGGGCCCAUGACCUUACAAGGAACUAAUACAUAUCUAAUUGGAACUGGAAAGAGGCGGAUACUAUUGGAUACAGGAGAUGAAAAUGUCCCUCAAUACAUUGCCAACUUGUCCAAGGUGUUGAAAGAUGAAGUAUGUGAUAUUGAACAUGUUGUUGUAAGUCAUUGGCAUCAUGACCAUAUAGGGGGAGUUCCAGAUGUACUUAAAUUGACCAAGUCAGAUUGCAAAGUUUGGAAGUAUCAACAAAUAGACGAAGACGGCAAUUUAGUACCCUCUGAAAUACCAUUCAACUGUUUAUCUAACGGUCAAGUUUUAUCAACUGAAGGGGCCUCAUUGAGAGUGAUACACACUCCAGGACACACAACGGACCAUGUAGUGCUGACCUUGGAUGAAGAUGGUGUGUUAUUCAGCGCGGACACAGUUUUGGGAGAAGGCACGGCUGUGUUUGAAGAUCUAAAAGAUUACAUGAACUCUCUACAUGUUAUAAAGGAUGCCAAGCCUAAAGUCAUCUUCCCUGGACACGGUCCUGUGAUUGAGAACCCAGAUCAAGUAGUGGCAUACUACAUUGCUCAUAGACAAAAUAGAGAAGAUCAAAUUGUGAGUGUGCUAAAGAUGGCGCAUCAACCUCUUAGUGCUGCUGAGAUUGUGCAAACCAUAUAUUCUGAUUUAGAUGAACGACUUUUAUUGGCUGCAGAAAAUAAUGUUAUUAAACAUUUGAUCAAGCUUGUAAAAGAAGAAAAGGUCAUUGAAAUUGAUGACAAAUGGCAACUUAUAGAGCAACCGUCAAAGUUUUAGACCUAUAACCACACAAGGCUUUUACACUAGUAUACAGUUUAUGUAACAGGUGAUAUUAUAAUAAUCAACAUGCAAGCAAUAUAGACAUUGACUUGUUCACAUAUGUUUGAACCAUCGAUCUAUUACUACAACUGGAUCGCGCGCUGUGUGCUGGGUUUUCGGUCCGGUUGAUCGGAUCUUCCCCCACUACCUAACGCCUGAACUGUCUCUCUCACUCAUUACUUCUUAUGGCGUUUCCAUGUUUGCCCUCACAAAAUACGCUAUAUCUCUGUUCACUGUUACUCCAUAUUCAAUUAUUUUACACAGUUGUAAUCUCCAUGAUACUGUGGAGAUUAUGGAAUAGAUUUUAUAUCAAAAUCAUUCGGUUUUGGAUUACAUUGGAUACUAAAAUCUACUAAACACAGUCUGAAGCGGCCACUUUAAAUUAUAAAGCUGUUAUCUUCGCUAAUGAUUAAUUAAUUUGUCCGGUAGUCAAUCCGUCCAGUAGUCAAUGCGUGAUUGAACUUCAAACAAACACACAAACUUUCACAUUUAUAAUAUUAGUAAGAUAACAGAUAUCCAUUAGCUUUUAUUAACUUCACUUCAUGGGGGGUUUCUCCCCAGCUAAUAGAUAUCCAUCUUCAUGGUGUCUGAAAAUAGUUUUGGAACUUCUGGCAUGCCAUGUUCACAACGCGAUAAACCAUUUUUUCCUUUGUAAUAUUAUUAUUCAAAAUAGACUGGAAAAACGUGACUAACUUAAAUAGUUCUUGAGAAGAGUAAAACAAACCACCCAUAUCUAUAGAAGCCGUUAAAUCCAUGUGUAUAGAAGCCGUUAAAUCCAUGUGUGCUGAUGUUUGUUUCACUAAAACGUUCAAACGUUCUUUAUCCUCAAUUUUCCAGAAAUGUAAUAACAAUACAUUCUCCUGGUAAUACAGAUUACCAAUUAAGGGUUGACAGAAAAGUCGAGACUUGAAUCUAGUAAUGUGCACCUGCAAGCCGUUCCCGGGUAUCUCGUCAAUUUCAUUUUAAAACAUUUCCGUUUUGAAUCAAAUUUUUUACAUAAUGUGUUCAAAUGAAUUGAUUCAAAAAUAUAAUUAGCUUUAUUCUACCUUAUAUUUUUCAUUUCAACUUAAAAAAAAAUAUUACUUUGACUUAACUCAGCUAACUCAUGCAGGGGCUUUUGUCAUUAGAUAAAUUUUAAUCCGUCCUAUUAGAGGGAUUUAUUUUAAAGUACAAAGUAGUACACAUUUUGUAAAUAAAGUGGCCUUAGAGAGCUAUACCUUUUUCUUGCUAUAAUAAUGAAUGGUACAAUGGUGUUUGUAAUAAUAAAACAACAUCAAAACCUCCGUACUUACAUAAGUACAACAGUGAAACCCGAAUGUGAACCAAAUAAGUAUCAACAAAGAUACGACAGUAUAUAUCAAUGAAAACACAGUAGCCCCAUAUUAAGUGUAUGGCAGAAGCUGUGGAAGGGGGUGCGCCGGACCGAUACGAACAAAAUUUCUGAGCAGUACAGCCUGCGAUUCAGUUGUAGUAAUAGAGAUGAAUGGUUUGAACUUAUUUAAAAAUAUAUGAUAAGCGACAGCACAAAGUAAUAUAUUUAGUAGUAAAAAUGAUGUUACCAUUUUCAGUCAACUAAUAAAUAUAGUUAUGUUUUA